AGAUUGCCCUCCUUGAAAUGACACUUGCAGUGCUAUGAACAUCUUACUUUACUCUUGCAGCCCCGAUGGGUUGAGCCCAGCAACCACUGAUUUAAAUGUCUGCUCCACCUGUUAUAUGCUAUAGGCUGGUGGAAAUUCAGUCAGUUCAGUCAGACCUUCCUUCUUGCAUCUUUCCUAGAGAAUGCAAAAUCCUUUCCUUGAGGCAGGAAACCCAAAAGCACCACCCAAACUAUUCAUUUAGUGCAUUUUUAAAAAUUCUAUCCUUCCUUCAAGGAGCUCGGUAUCCACUUUUCUCCUCCAUUUUUAUCCUUAGAACAACUCUGUGAGUAUAAAUUCCGGGAUCUGACCAUAGAAGAAUUGAAGUGUGUAAAUGAGUUGUACCCAAAUACCACAUUCUCCAUGAACAUCUAUACGUUCAAAGAUGGCUCCCAGAAAGAUCUUCUGAAUCUUAGUAGCACUGUUCCGGUGAAAUAUCAUGGUACUUCUUACAACAUUCCAGUUUGCCUUUGGAUUUUAGAUUCUCAUCCUUUUACUCCUCCAAUUUGCUUUUUGAAGCCAACUGCAAAUAUGGGGAUUUCAGUGGGAAAGCAUGUAGAUGCACGUGGAAGGAUAUAUUUGCCGUAUCUACAAAACUGGACCCAUCCACAGUCAAUGAUUAUAGGAUUGUUAAAGGAAAUGACUACCAAAUUUGAAGAGGAACUCCCUCUGUACUCACUAUCAUCUUCUGAUGCAGCCAGACAGGUGGAGCUGUUGUCAUAUAUUGCAAAAUUCACUGAAGGUAAAAACGAUAUACAAUCAAAGAGUAAGGGAGAUGGAAAGAAAAGUGAUGGAGCAUUUAAUAAAGUGACCAUUAUUGGAGCAGGAGAUCUGGGUCUUGCUUGUAUACUGGCUAUUUCUGCAAAAGGUGUUGCUGACAAGGUGGUUGUCUUGGACUAUUCAGAAAGUACAAUGAAAGGAGGAACAAUGGAUUUAGAAAUCUUUGCCCUCCCAAAUGUGGAAAUCAGUAGGGAUUUUUCUGCUACAAAAGAUUCCAAAGUGGUGGUGCUUACCGUUAAUUAUAUAGGCAAUGCUCAGUCCUAUCUGGAUGUUGUACAGAACAAUGUGGAUCUGUUCAGAGGCAUUAUUCCAUCAGUAGCACACUACAGUCAAAACUGUAUAUUGCUUGUGGCAUCCCAUCCAGUGGAAAUAAUGACAUACGUGUCAUGGAAGAUGAGUGGAUUUGCCAAAAGCAGAAUUAUUGGGAUUGGUUGCAAUCUGGACUCAGCAAGAUUCCAAUAUAUUAUUACAAACCUGUUAAAAUCACAGUCCACAGGCAAAGAUACUUGGAUAAUUGGUGAACAAGGGGAAAACAAAGUGCCAGCAUGGACUGCUUCUAAUUCAGGAACAAGUCAACAGAGUGAAGAUUUAACCAAUCAUAAUGCCCAGCAGCUGUUGGCUAAAAGAGCCAUGGAGGUUCUGAAAGGAAAAGGACAAAGAUCGUGGUCUGUUGGUCUGUCAAUAGCUGAUCUAAUUGAUACUAUAGUGAACAAUAAAAGGAAAAUGCAUUCCAUAUCAACUCUAGUAAAGGGAUGUUACAAUAUAAACUGUGAAGUAUUUUUAAGUAUGCCUUGUGUACUUGGUAUCGACGGAGUGACUGAAGUUAUCAAACCACCAGAUGAAGAUACUGUGGCAGAGAAACUACAAUCCAGUGCUGCAUCAAUUCAAGAUCUUCAGGAGCAACUGAAACUUUGAACAUUUUACAGUCCUAGUACUUCUCACUAAAUAGGGGGGGGAGUUGCAAAAAAACCCAACAGUGCCUUCAGAAUUUUGAAUAUUAAAUUCUAGCAUAGUUUAUGGCUAGAGCUAAUGAAAGUCCUUGCAAUCACAGUCAAAAUAAUUAAACAGAAUGGAAAUAUUUGCCUAUCUUUCUACUGUAUUUAUGUAACCUACAACCUGUUAAAUAAAUUUCCUAUAUCCAACUCUAAAUUUGCUACUCUUUCUACUCUUUAGCCAUGAUGUUGCUUACACAAGGACUUCUUGUAGCAAUAAUGCACUAUUCUCCCCUCCACUCUGAAACACUCUCGUCAUGUUGCUGUUCUGUAUGCCAUAACACCACACCAGGCCCUUCAACAUCCCUUUCUCCAAUUGUCCAUCCAACAGGGUGCUUAUUUUAAAAAAUCUAAUUGUACUUUAGAAAGAUGUGAACAUGCAUUAUACAUUUUUAAAGUAUGCAGUUAGAAAGGAGCGGCACCAAGGUGUAAGCCAAUGAGCUCAUUUUUCAGUAAAUAUUUUGUGUGUAUGAUUACAUGUUACACCAGCAAAUCACUAGAUGGAAAAUAAAUCCAAUCAUUUCAUAGUGGUA